AUGAACUGGAAAUCUUUGAUACCAUUCAAUCACUCAAAACCAGGAGCUUUGAGUUCAGGACUCUGUAUUUUCCUUACAUUGUUGUACAUUCUGAACUGGGUUUUCCCAAUAAACAAUGGUAUACUUUUGAGUACUGCGUCCCUGAAGAAGAUACAAUUGAAUAGAUUAACACUAUAUCCUUUAGCACAUUUAUCUUUGGCACAUUUGGUAUUCAACUGCAUGUCUUUGUUCCCACAGUUAACGAUUUUCGAGGCCGUUCAUGGGACGUUUUACACUGCAAUUGUUCUAAAUAUGCUGGCUUUGUUCACCGCUGUGUUCUAUUGUCUGCUCGGAAUGCUGUUCUUUCCUAAUUCUCAAGUGGGGGGUGCAAGUGGCUGGUGUUUUUCCCUGCUUGGGUACUACUCUGCAAAGGAGUCUGAACUACGCCCAUACUAUCAGGUCACAGCCAAUCACAAGAUUCCCACUAUUCUGUUCCCAUUGAUCCUGGUAGUGCUGUUAAGUCUGCUUCUGCCACAGAGCAGCUUCUGGGGACAUAUAAUUGGACUCUGUUUAGGCUAUUUAAUGGCCAUUAAGGAGCCAUGGUUACAAUACAUCACCCCACCUAGCUGGGCAAUUACCAAAAUUGAGACAUGGAUGGACAAGUGGAUUAGUUUAAUCCCCUCUUUCGUUGUGUACUACAGAGAAAAUAACGCCAGCCGGAACCAUGGGUAUAUUUCAAUCUACCAAGAUGACCAAUUGCCACUCUACAACGACAAUUUCCAAGGCCAAGGUAGGGUUGUGGGUCCCUAG